CCUUUUGCCCCAACUCAAUCCCGCUUUCCUUUUCAGGUACAACCACUCCUGAAUUUGACGUGUCUCCUGAUCCUUUUUCUAGGUAUAUGUACAAAUAUAUGUAGAAAUAAGACGUGUGGCUUUUUAAAUAUAAGUGCAAUGUUAUACACGCAUGUUUUACCCUUAAGUUCUUUCCAAGUCUAUACAUAUAGAUUCAUGCUCUCUUUUUAACCAGUACAUGUUAAGAUGUAUCAUAUACGUUGUUAUGGCUACACAAUACCUGUUUAAUCGUUCCCUUAUUUAUAAGCAUUUAGGUUAUUCCUAGAAUUUUAUACGUACAUGUGCAAUUCUUUUGGGGGGGGAUAAAUUCAAAGUGUAGCCCAUGUAAAUUGGGGGCAAUCCCUCCAGGUUGUCCUAACAAAGGCUCUAGGAACUUAUUUUCACCACAGACUUAUAAGAAGGCCUUAUUAUUUUUAUAAGCAAAUAGGCCUUAUUUUUUAUAAGCAAAAGAAUAUUUUUAAGGAUAAUUUCGUAGUUCGUGUCCAACUUUUACAAUUCCACUAAAGCAAUUACACGAGUGUACAAAUAUACAGGCAUAAGGAUGAUCUUUGCAGAGACUGUGAAGAGCUGGAAACCAACCAAGCACCCCACAAAAGAUAAAAAUUCUGGGAGCCUCUGUCCUGUGUGCAGGGCCUAGAGGAGGAGCAAACCAGGACUUCCUCAGGUACCUGGGCCUCACCUGCCCCAGAGAAUGAAGAGAGCAGUCUCACCGUGCAGUCUGGGCAAGACACCAGGGUGGUAAGGUAGGUGGGUGGUCAGUUUGCCCUGAAGAAUACAGACAGCAGCCCUGGAUUCUGGGAAGAUGGUGACACACAUGUUUGUCCUGCCUUCCUUGUCCUCUCUGCACUUUUUUUUGGGUAACACCGCUACCUCGAAGGCUGUCUGAGCAUCAUGUUCUCCUGAGAUGCACAGGGAAGGGAGUGGAUCUGGGCUUCAUUCUCUAAGCUUCCAGGUGAAGGCAGUUGACCAGAAGCCAUGGGGGGUGGGCUUGCCUCUCCUCUAGGUGUGGGGCAAAGUCCAAGCUGGUCAGACCCUGUCUCUUCCUGACAGGAGACAAACUAUCUGCUGCCCAGAGGGGCCUUGGUGACCCUGGGGGACCUGGAGGGACCUGCGGGGCUGGACUGACUUGCUCCAGGACCUCACUGCUAGGACAGCAGCCCCUGGUCCUCACCCCCAGGGUGCUCCUUCUGGUCCUCCGGCAGAGGUCCCAGUUUGCCAGGCCAUGUUCAGCAAACCUACAGGAAACUGACUGGGAGAACUACAGACCACAGAAGGAAAAGGAAACCGCAAAACCCACUCGCCAGCUGAUCCCCUUCUAGUUCAUAUUUUACGGCACAUCUUAAAGGAGUCGGCAUGAACCAGAGACUCCUAGAAUGUGGUUCAAACACCAGGCGCUUCAAGUGAGGAGCAGUCAAAGAGCUGAAACAGAAUCUCGAGGGUGACAGCAGCAGCUCUGGCAGUUACCUUGAUCCACUCAGCUCAGAAGCAGCGGGCAGUACCGAGCCCUGGAGGCCAGGCGGGCUCAGGAUCUGGCCAACUUCUUUACUCCUCACCUGUGUCUGGUCCAGGCCUCUCCUGGGUCCCAGGGGACUUGGUGGAUGCUCAGUCACUGCUGUACCGUUGUCAUGACAGCAGCUGGAGGAAAGGUAACAUGUGGCUCUGAGUAUGACCUUAGGCCACCUGCCUUGCCCCUUCAGCUGGCUGAGGGCUCUAGUGGGGCCUAACACUGUUUUAUAAGGUAGCUGAAUAAACAGCUGAAACCCUGAUUAAAGAAGUAAGAGCCCCAAACACAAAACCUUCCAAGAUAACAAUAUAGGACAGGGCUCCUUCACUUACUCUUUUAAAGAUUUGUUUGUCACCUACUGUUACUGAACCAAACUUGGGUCCACUUGCCCUUGCACGGUAAAGCCAAUCUACUGACACUGGACUGUGAUGAAGGAAAGUGCAGCGUUUAUCGCAGGGCGCCAAACAAGGAGUCCAGGCAGCUAGUGCUUAAAAAACCCAAACUCUCCAAGGCUUUCAGGGAAAGGUUUUUAAAGAUAGGGCGAGGGAGAGGGUUGAGGGGUGUGUGGUCAGCUCAUGGACAUUCUUCUGAUUGGUUGGUGGUGAGGUAAUUGAGAGUCAACAUCAUCAACCUUCUGAUUCCUACGGGUCUAGGGUCUAUGUGCUGGUGGUCAGCAUAGAGUUAACUUCUUCCCCCUGGUGAGAUUUUCAGUGUCUGCAAAACAGCUCAAAGGACAUGGUUCAGAAUACUAUAUAUAGCCCUUGAGAAGGAACUAAAGUUCCCUGACUGUUUAAUGGCUAAACUAUUAUUAUUUUGUCUUGCUUGACUGUUUUCCUUUGUUUCUGCAUUUUCUCACUUCUCUGAUUAAAUUUAUUCUUUGGAACUCGGGGAGGGCCUGGGAGCCUAAAGUUUUACUGCAAACAAGAGGCAGGUGGAGGACAUGGGGGGGCGGUCUGUACUGGGAAGGCCCCAUAAUGUACCGCUUGGUUACAUUACUAUGUGCUAAGCAUUUUUCUAGAUACAGCAGUGAACAAAGCACAGGAGACCUCAGCCUCAUGGAACUCAAAUCCCUGUCCUUGUGGAGUGACACAGACAACACACAAGUAAGUAUGAUGACAAUGAACCAACACUAGGAUGAGAAAGACCUUGUGAUGGAAGGUGUUGGGAGGGGUGACCUUAGAGAGGUCAGGGGUCUCUGAAAAGAAAACCUCUCAGUGGGGCCCCAAAUGGUGAGGGUGAGCCCUCAUUGAGGGGACCCCCAUUCACGUCAAAGUGGGGGAGCCCACAGUUGGGGUGCUGAGUUCAGGGAGGAAAUGCCUGGGCUUUCAGACGCCGGGACACAGGGCUGCUAUCCUGGUGGGUCAGAAGAGGGCAGCUGGGACAGAGAGUGGAGUCCCAGGCAGCUGCUCUUCCUCCUGCCUCCAGCCCGGGAGCCAGGAGGUGGGCCUGGUCUUUGCCCUCACCUUGGGGAAGGAUGAACCCCUCUACCUGCUGGGGCCACCACCUUGGGCAGGUACAAACAUUGUUUUCAGACAAGAGCAACAAAGAGUGAGCUACCCCUGACAUAUUCAGGGAAAUCAGCUAUUGGAUUUUAAUCCAAAUAUCUCCCAAGGUGGAGGCGGGGCACAGAAAGGCUUGGGUGAGCCUGGCCACCUCCUGCCACGCCACGUGUCUGGCUCAGGAGUGGAGCAGAAGGGCGCUGGGAGCUGAAUGAGUUGCCCUGAGGUGUGAACUCAAGUUACCCAGCACUGUUCUGUGGGGGUUGAACUCAAAUGUUUUGCCAAAACAACUGCAGAAGAAUAAACAAAAGGAAGGAAAGUAGAAAGGGAUACAACCCUCUUAAUAAUCCAAUUAAAAUGAGAACGUAAUCUGCCUAUUUUCUUUUUUUUUUGAAUUUUUUAAAUUUAUUUUUUAUAUAGCAGGUUCUUACUAGUUAUCCAUUUUAUACAUAUUAGUGUAUAUAUGUCAAUCCCAAUCUCCCAGUUCAUCCCACCACCACCCCCCCCUGCCACUUUCCCCCCUUUAAUCUGCCUACUUUCUAAAGCCAUUGCUUUAGAACCAGGCCACGUGCUCAGCACUGCCCUGUGGUUUGGCAAGGAGUGUUCAGCACACGCUGCAGCAAGGCAGCCCAGGGGAAAUAUUUGGAAGAGACUUAUAGGAAAAGAGGUGAUUAAUGGGAAGCAUGGUGGUAGGACCUCCCCCACUCCCUUCCAAAACAUUUCUUGAGCACCGCUUACAUGCUGGCACAAGUACCACGGGGACAACGAUGAACAGACUGCCCGGGCCCUCAUUCUGCCCACAGCACGUGGAGGCACAGGCCUUUAAGGCGACUUGCUAGCAAUGGGCGGGGCUGAGACUUGCUUCUAGGCUGUCAGAGUCCAAACCCACUGUGUUGGGAAAAAGACCAAAGUUUGGAUGGCCAGCUCUUGGCAGCCUGAAAAGGUGUGUCUGCGGUUUCCUGCUCUUCUCCAUCCUGUUUAAAGGCCCUUCUUUCUCACCACUCCUCCUCUUCCCAGCAGAGGCCCCACCCAAGAAGGAGGCUUUUCUCCCUGUGUGCCAGGAAAGGGCUCACUUGAUUUCAUCCAGGUCCAAAGGGGAAACUGGACCUUCAAAAAAAUGAUCCAAGCCGCUACAUGAUCUCCAGGAGCACGCUUGAAUGGGUGUAUGUGUGUAUCUAUCGAGCUACCUUUGGCUCUGAACCUCCUUUUGGCCAUUUUUCAAUGGGCUGUUGGAACAACUUGCUUCCCAGUGAGAGCACCUGCCCCAGUGAUUGACAGACGCCAAGGGAAGGGCCACAUCCCUCUCAAAGAACAUCAGUCAGGUCUGCCCACCUAGCAGUUUCAAGUUGGAAGGAGGCUGGGGACUGGUAACAUGGCCAUAUGGGGAGAAGGUGCAGUCUUUCCAGCUCUGCACACUAGGUGUGCUCGCUUGCCCUGCAGACCAGCGCACACCGGGCAGCUGUUAUUCCCUCUCCUAAGAAGUGAGAUGAGGCACAGCUGAAUUCAGAACUCGCUCCAAAGAGCUCCUCUGAGUGACUCUUGCAGAGAAAAGAAUAAGCUUCCAUGCACUUCCCAGGCUGGAGGGCACAUCACCAGUUGCAAUCGCCUGAUGCUUCUCACUUGGGGCUUUUAGGGGCUCAUGGAGUUACAAAGCAGUUAGUCUUAUCUCCCUUUGUGGACUUCCCUCCUCCUACCCCUGCCCAGAGACGGAGGAUUCUCGUGGGGGUGACACUGACCUUUGGCUAGGCUGCGCCUGUGCUGACAGAGAUGGAGCCAAGACUCAGCAACUGACUAAGUGACCAAAGAUUUAUGGGUCAGAUAACGUUCCAACCACAAUCGAGACCUGACGGCUACUUGGAACCGCGUGAUGAGACAAUCAUCUCUGAAAAUAGAAGACUGACCCCUCCCCUACACGUAACCCUUUUCCCUCUUUUCCCAAGCAAAACCUGGGGGUUUGGGUCUUUGUGACAUGAGUCUACCAUCUCCCCAGGGUUGCUGGCUUCCUCAGUAAGGCUAUCUUUCCUUUUACCCAACACUUGUCUUGCAGUACUGGACUCUUGAGCAAAGAGUCUCUUGGGAAAGAGACUCUUGGGGAAGAGGCAGGGAUUUCCAGGAGUUGGGCCACCGCCCACAUUUUGGCCUUUUAUGGUCAGCCUUGGAACUGUCAUGGCGCCUGUGGGUGUGUUAUUUAGCAUAUGCUAAUAUAUUACAAUGAGUGCAUAAUGAGCUCAAGGUCUACUGGGAGUCAAAUCUUCCACCAUCUUGGGCCUGGUCAGCUCUAACCAGUUUUUUUUUUUGUUUUUUUUUUUAACAUCUUUAUUGGAUUAUAAUUGCUUUACAAUGUUGUGUUAGUUUCUGCUGUAUAACAAAGUGAAUCGGCUAUACAUAUAUCCCCAUAUCCCCUCCCUCUUGCAUCUCCCUCCCACCCCUCUAGGUGGUCACCAAGCACUGAGCUGAUCUCUCUGUGCUCUGCAGCUGCUUCCCACUAGCUAUCUAUUUUACAUUUGGUAGUAGAGAGAGUCCAUGCUACUCUCUCACUUCGUCCCAGCUUACCCUUCCCCCUCCCUGUGACCUCAAGUCCAUUCUCUACAUCUGCAUCUUUAUCUAACCAGUGUUUGUCGUCUCCAGUUUUUCUCAACCACUGUGUUAUUCUUGAAAGGUUGUGCCCUGCCCCCUUCCCUCCUGUUUCAGUUCUCUUGUCACCCAUCUCUGUCCAUUGGAUUUACACCGUGGCAAAACGAAUUGGCAGCAGCAUCUGAAGCCAUUUCAGCAUCCGUGUCUACCUCUGUGAAGGCAACAGGUCCACAGGCCAGAAGAUGGGGGAGAGCGGCAAGCCAGGCCGGGGAAUUUCUCCAGCUGAGGAAUGCGAGGCCUCUUAUCCCACCAAGCUCAGCGCCCAACAGCUUCUGAUAAAACUCAAGUAACUGUCAGAAGUGGAGCCCUCGCCCGUUCAUCAAGGACUGGCAGGUGGUUCUUAGAGGGAACUUGAACUGGAGUUUCCCUCAUUUUGUCAACACUGUGGCAUUCUUCACAGCUCUUAACGGUUUUGAAAUGGAUGAAAUGCAAGUGGAGGGAUGAGGGAGGCCAAAGUGCAAAACCCAAGCUGUGUCAGAGAUGGGUGAAGGUGCUCCAGGGAGAAGAUUUCCUGUAUGCAAAUGAGCCUGGGCCCUUUGAAGUGCACCCCACUCUGGAAACUCUGGAAACCAGGUAAUUUCAUGCUCUUAAAAUGGGGCAUAAAGUGGUCGUAUUCGACGUCUCUGUCAUCAGAGCCUUGUGGGAAACUCGUGUCAAGAAGCACAAAGCCUGGCAGAAGCAGGAGGCAGAAAGGCUCGAGAAAAGUGCAUUGGAAAAGAUAAAGGAGGAGUGGAACUUCGUGGCCGAGUGCAGAAGGAAGGGCAUCCCCCAGUCUGCGUACUGCAAGAAUGGCUUCAUAGACACCAGCGUGAGGCUUCUGGACAAGAUUGAAAGGAACUCCCUCGCAAGGCAGAGUGCAAUUUCCAAGGAGAGAGCGAAACGGAGCAGUGAGUUUGUGUUUGAACUUACGGGGCAGCACUGGAAGGAGCUCCCAGAUUCCUUGAAGGAGCAGACGCACCUGAAAGAAUGGCACAUAAGCAAUACCCUGAUUCGGAUCAUUCCUAAGUAUAUCGAGCUGUUUCAAGCCAUGAGGAUUCUGGAUCUGCCAAAAAACCAAAUCUCCUGUCUUCCAGCUGAAAUUGGUCGUUUGAAGAACCUGAAGGAACUCAAUGUGCGUUUCAACCGUCUGAAGAGCAUUCCUCCAGAACUGGGAGACUGUGAAAAUCUAGAGAAACUGGAUUGUUCUGGAAAUCUAGAAUUAACUGAGCUCCCCUUUGAAUUAAGUAAUUUGAAGCAAGUUUCAUUCGUAGAUAUCUCAGCAAACAAGUUUUCCAGUGUCCCGAUCUGUGUCCUGCGGAUGUCUAAUUUGCAGUGGUUGGAUAUCAGCAACAAUAACCUGAGUGACCUGCCACAAGACAUAGACAGGCUACGAGAACUGCAGACCUUUCUCCUGUAUAAGAACAAGCUGACCUAUCUUCCCUUUGCCUUGCUUAACUUAAAGAAGCUCACCUUGUUAGUCGUCAGCGGGGACCACUUGGUGGAGCUCCCGACAGCCCUUAGUGACUCAUCCACACCUUUAAAAUUUGUAAGUCUUAUAGACAAUCCUAUUGAGAAUACCCAGUGUCAAGACGAAACGAUGGAAAGUGAACAAGAUCGCCAACAUUUUGAUAAAGAAUUUAUGAAAGCCUAUAUUGAAGAUCUUAAAGAAAGAGAAUCUGUUCCCAGCUAUGCCACUAAAGUAUCUUUCAGCCUUCAGCUUUGAUGCCAUCCAUCAGAAGACUACAGAAUUUUCCUGACUUGUGGAGCUGUAAAUCUUCCUGUUGUGGGUCAUGUCAUAGAGGAAUAAUGGCUUGUGCUUAAAGACAAAGUCUAGAAACCAUGGUCAUAGUUGUUAGGAAAGAUGAUUUUCAAAUUUCAAAUAUGUGAGUACCUCUCUCUGUGGACUGGAGAAUUGAUAAAUGGGUUUAUAUAUUGACAUUUAAAGGUUCAUUUGCAUACACUUGUUUCCAAAUCAUGCACAUUUAAUAUUUUAGAAAAUGUGUUAUUUUUUAAAAAUUAUCACUUAAAGACCAAAAUUUGAAGUUGAUUGCAUAGUUUUCAGGAAUCUGGAGAUAAAGGGAUGGUGAGAAGAGUAUUUAUACUGGACUAGUCAGAUGAGACUUUUUUAUUUUGUUAUUUUGAAAGAGUUUUAAUGCAUUAUUUCUUUUACUGAGGACAGUUUUCCUUGGGUUUAUACAAAUGGCUAUUUUCAUGUUUUAAGUUAUAUUUUACAAGUGUAGGCUUUCAGGAAAGACUUUAGGUAUAAUCUGGACCUUGAGGGCAGAAAGAAGGGCUGGAUUGUCUGCCCAGGCAUGGGGCUUAGAUGGUGUGCUGGUGUCCCUAGUGGAGCAAGUGUGGGCCUGGCUGGUCCUGGGAAGCGUUGCGUGGCCUGCGUGGGUGGUCAGCCUGCCUUGGGUGGGCCCCUUGGGGGUCCUGGGAAGCGUUGCGUGGCCCGCAUGGGUGGUCAGCCUGCCUUGAGUGGGCCCCUUGGGGAUCUUGGGAAGCCUUGCGUGGCCUGCAUGGGUGGUCAGCUUGCCUUGAGUGGGCCCCUUGGGGGUCCUGGGAAGCGUUGCGUGGCCUGCAUGGGUGGUCAGCUUGCCUUGAGUCGGCCCCUUGGGGGUCCUGGGAAGCCUUGCGUGGCCUGCGUGGGUGGUCAGCCUGCCUUGAGUGGGCCCCUUGGGGAUCUUGGGAAGCCUUGCGUGGCCUGCAUGGGUGGUCAGCCUGCCUUGAGUGGGCCCCUUGGGGGUUCUGGGGCGCCUGCCAGAGCACAGAGCAGAGACCUUGCCUCCAGGGACCUAUCCUCCAAGGUGGCCAUAUAAGUAGUGGGAAUGACUAGUCCACACUGAUGAGGAGUCCCUAGCAAGGCUUCUCUGCAGGUACCACAGGAGAACUCUGCCUGUGGCCAAGACGCUGCGGUCCAGAGGGAGCUCAGGAGACUGGAUUUACACUGGCAAAGAAGGUAUUCAUUACAGGGCUUUGAACUUUGAUAUCACAUUGUAGGAUUUGGAGAAAUUGUACAAAUAUCUAUUUUUAUUCUAUUAUCUUGGACUAAAAUAAACAGGAUUGUGAAUGUGUUGAAGCUAAGUUUAAACAAGUAGGUUUUGUGACUAAGAUGGAAAAAAUGCAUAUCUUCACAUAUAUUUAUAUAUGAAUCGACUCCUAUAUGGUCUAGCCCAGUGGUGUCCAGUAGAACUUUAUGCAGUGAAGGAAAUGUUCUGCAUCUGUGCUGUCUAAUUUAGUAACCACCAGAUGCAUCUGCUUCUUGAGCUGUUGAACAGUGUCUGGUGUGACUGAAGAACUAAAUUUUUAAUUACAUUUAAAUUUAAAUAGCCAAGUGUAGCUACCAUAUUGUACAACAUGGUCGAGCCAUUUGGGUUUUUCAGAAGUUAAUCUGGGCUAGAAAUGAAGAGUGAUUUUUAUUUUCUUAUCUGAAGAACCAGUCUACCCCCAGAGGGGUUAAUAGACACCCAAUAUUUUGUCUUAAUGGGUUUAAUCAUAACUCUAAAUAUUUUAUCCUCAACAGACAUAAAGCAGGCAGAACAGUCUAAAGUCACAUAGUAAUGCUUCAGUAGAGUACUGCUUCAAGUUAAAGACAAACUCUGAGAAGUAGGUUAAGAGAUGGAAAGAAUAGGAAAAUGAGAAAUCACUUUAACUGAACCUCAAACAAUUGUAUUUUUCUUUAUAACACUUUACAAAUAUAAUGCAAAUUUAUUAGUUGUACUACGUGAAUGAUUUUGGAAUUUUAUUUCAUGCUACAGUAUAUGUUACAUACAGCCAAAUGGAAAAUAUAUCUGAAAAGGGGGGAAAUGAGGGCUUUAGCAUAAAUUGACUGUCCAUAGCUCAUGUAAAAUUUAUUUCAAUAAAACCAGUCUUUUGUGCAAAAACCUUAUCUCGAUGUUACAUAAAAAUAACUGAAAAAGUA